GUCGAGCCUGUCACCGGAGAACCGGGAGUAAUCAAUAAAGUGUCGUCGACCAAAAGUUUCUACCGCUUCGAUCCAACUUUUCUUCUUCCGAAAAUGGCUCCCCCAACUUUUCUUCUUCCGAAAAUGGCUCCCCAUGAUAUUCGCCGUCCUUUCAAGCGACGACCUAUCUCCGAUCAACAGAAACGCCGAGAGCUUUCCCUACUCCGCCAGUCUCAGAAUCGCUCUGACGCCCAUCAGCGAGCCCGAAACCUCGCCUCUUCCGUCAUCUCUCUCCAGUCCUCCUCUCCCGAUGUCGACCGGGAAAUGCUAUCCGAAGCCGAAUUCGACGACGGACAUGAAUCGGAAUCGAGUAGCUUUGACGUUCGCCAAGCUUCCAGGCUCAGAGGACCUGAGGCUCGCAAGUGGUUCGCCAGCCAGCUAAUGCUACCUGAAUGGAUGAUCGACGUCCCUGAUAGUUUGAGCCAAGAAUGGUAUGUACUAGCAAGACCAGCUGGGAAAAGAUGCUUUGUAGUGUCAUCUGAUGGAACAACUGUUAGUAGAUUACGCAAUGGAUCCGUACUGCACCAUUUCCCUUCUGCUUUGCCUGGUGGUGCAAGGAAGAAAGGCACUUCUGGCCCCGCACAGUCUUACUCAAUACUAGACUGUAUAUUUCACGAGUCGGAUCAGACAUAUUACGUGAUUGAUAUGGUUUGUUGGAGAGGCUACUCGCUUUAUGAAUGUACGGCAGAGUUCAGGUUCUUUUGGUUGCAGUCAAAACUUGCUGAGACAGGUGCUUGCGAUCCGCCUUCCUUUUACCACAAGUUCAGGUUCAGUGCUGUUCCUUUUCAUAACUGUGACCAAAGCGGACUUCACUCAGCUUAUGCCGGAUCGUUACCUUAUGUCAAGGAUGGAUUGUUGUUCUAUAACAAGCAUGCACAUUAUCAUACUGGAAAUACUCCUCUGGUUUUGAUAUGGAAGGAUGAGAGGUGUAGUCAGUAUGUCAUUGAUACUGACAACAAUGGAGAAGUUCUAAACCAACAACAUAUCGUCUUGGAGUUGCAAGAUGAUGGGAAAAUUGUAACAUCAGAUGAUCCACCCGUACCAGUUGGUUGCUUGAAUGCAGAUUUUGUAAAACAGUCAGGACUGUCUUCAGGAAGCCUUAUUCGCUUUGCCAUUGGCGAUGGAGGGUUGAACUGUGUGGAUGGUAGAUUUGAGCAGGCAGAUUUACAAUAUAUUGGUGUGUCAAAUCGAGCUCGAGCAUUUGCUGAUAGCUAUUCCAAGAUCAUGUUUCAAUUUAUGGCCCGACAUUCUCCGCUGAAAGUAGAAGAUCUCGCAUCUGCGAUUUCACACGAGAACCAACAAGACAAGUCCCCUGAAGUAGAGAUGUCCGAUUGA